UUCUCUUUCAUAUUGAUGGAGAGCUCCUAUUUCUGCGUGUUCAAGGGGGCUCGCCUCUUUCUCUCUCUCCAGAUCCUCAUGAUCUGCUUCAUGCACAAAGGCCAUACUUAUGGAGUGGAAGGGAAGAUUGCAAGCCUUACUGCAUCAAUCAGCUCUCUAUUGCCUUCUCCUUCUUGCUCGCCUUCCACCAGCAAAGCUAGCAGCCGAAAGUCGACCUUGGAAGUAAUUCACAAGUAUGGCCCAUGCUCUCACCUUGUUCAAGGCCCCAAUCCUCUAAAUCACACCAAACUCCUGCUCCAAGAUGAAUCAAGGGUCAAGUGGAUUCAGUCCCAAUCCUCCAACGGCGGCGACGGCCUAGAAGGUUCGGCCGCGGCCAGACUCCCGGCGAGGUCCGGCGAAACCAUCGGCACUGGCAAUUACGUGGUGACAAUCGGCCUCGGCACGCCGAAAAAGGACCUCACUCUCGAUUUCGACACCGGCAGUCACCUUACAUGGACCCAUUGUGAGCCAUGCACCGGAUCAUGCUACAGUCAGUCCGAACCGCUCUUUAACCCAUCUCAAUCGUCGUCCUAUGCUAAUAUCUCGUGCACCUCGACGUCUUGCCCUCAACUUGGUCAUUAUUCGGGAUGUUCCGGAACGACAUGCCUAUAUUCCAUUCGAUACGGCGACCAAUCAACUACGGCUGGCUUCUUCGCAACCGAGAAGUUGACUCUAACGCCGACGGAGGUGAUCAACAAUUUUGAAUUCGGCUGCGGACAGGACAACCAAGGCCUUUUCCACGGAUCAGCAGGUUUGAUGGGACUAUCAGAUGACAAGAUCUCCAUCGUACAUCAAACCGCGGCCAAAUAUGGCAAGUAUUUCUCCUACUGCUUGCCCUCCUCCCCUAGCUCCACCGGAUACUUGACUUUUGGCAAAGACAGCGGAGCAUCGAGCUCCGUUAGCUUCACCCCGUUAUCAAAGGUCCCACAAGGCGCGCAGUUGUACGGAAUAAGUAUCGAAGGAAUCAGUGUAAGAGGAAAUCCCCUAUCGAUACCAUCGACGGUUUUUUCAAGUGGAGGCGCCAUCAUCGACUCGGGAACUGUCAUUACCCGAUUGCCUCCGACAGCUUAUAGUGCCAUGAGAGAUGCAUUUAGGACAGCAAUGGCGAAUUACACGAGGGCACCGGCGUUUAGCCUUUUCGAUACUUGCUAUGACUUUAGCAAAGAGAGCACAGUCGUGGUCCCAUUGAUAACGUUCUCUUUCGCCGGCGGAGUCGAAGUCAAUUUGGACCUUAGCGGAAUAUUUUACGUUGUCAAGGCCUCUCAAAUUUGCCUAGCCUUUGCAGCGAAUCGUGCUGAUAGUAAUCUGGGCAUCUAUGGUAACACGCAGCAGCAAACGUUUGAGGUUGUCUACGACGUUGCCGGAGGGAAGCUCGGUUUCGGUUCGAAUGGCUGCUCCUAAGAUGGAUGUAAUAAAACGAAUGCUAUUUAUAGAUAUACUCGAUGGCACCUAGGAGUAUACAAAAUGAAUGUGUCAUCGUGAGUUCAACGUUCUGAAUAGUAACUAUUGCAAAUUGAGAAUAAUGGAAGUGCUCUCUCUUACUACGCCCUUCUUUGGUGUCGUUCCACGUCAACAUGUGUGAGUUACAAAUUGUGGACA